AGCAAAGCAAGCAAAGCAAGCAAGGACACACACACACCACACACCAACGCCGCCUACAACUCGACUCCCACGCGACGAACGAACGUCUACGAUAGCAACACCUUUCUUCUCCACCACAAUCACUACACCUACAACCCUCGCCAGUAUGAAUCGUCAAGGACCAGGUCACCGACCGAUGGGACUGUCAUUCCCGCAAGCAUCACCAGCGCUACCCGCAGGCCGCGGCAUUCCUAAUGGCAAACCCGGAGUAGGAGGUUGGUCCGGCGCUCCUCCACCUGGUGUGCCCACGCCCGGUGGUGGGAGGGGGCUCACAUUUAGUCAGAGCGUGGGCGGACCGAGUCAGCCGAGUACGCCACUGGACAUGAAUGAGUUUCCAGCGCUAGGUGGCCAGCCGCAGUCGAAUCCCGCGCAGGUGUGGAGUCGGAUAAAUACGCAGAGCCCUCGACCGACACAGCAGCAGCAGUCGCAACAGCAGCAGCAGCACGAUGGAGCGUUCGGCGGUGGUACGGUUCAGAAGGACUUGUUCCCUAGCAUGGAGGACUACAGGACUGGUGGCGCGAGCGGCGGGCCGGUCGAGGACUUUCCCGCGUUGCCGAGGACACAGACCGGGUUAGGGGAUAUGGGUGCGCUUUCAGCAAGGGGAAUGACGAGUAGGCUUCUGCCGCAGCUGGAUGGGAUAUUGGGACAGCCGCAGGGCGUUCUACCGCUGGGCGAGGUUGAGAAGAAGAACAUAUUGAAACCGGGAACACUCAACGGAGCUCCUGGCUUGACCGGCGCACCGGGUAUCCCUCUGGGAGUGCAGCAACAACUGCAACCGCAACAGCAACCAUCACGGCCGUCUCCAGCGCCUGGACUCGUCCACCCCAGCCAGCAACAGCAGCCGCCGCAACAGCCGCCGCUGCAACCUCAACAGACACUGCAAAAACCCGGCGCGGUCAUGAACGGCGAUAUUCCUUCCUCCUCUCCAAGUCCGUACUCUCCACAAUCGACCCGAGUUACAGAAAACGAGCGAUUCAGCUUAAGCGGGCUUUUCUCGGCGAUGAGAAGCGAUACCGGUGAAGGCUCGUCGUUGGCAAAGGGACAGGAUCUGAUGAUGCUGGGCUUGGAUAUCAAUUCGCCGGAUGCGCUGUGGCCGUCAUUUUCAUCGCCGUUCGCGGAACUGGAGAGCACUGCCGUGGAACCGGAUUUCCAGUUACCACAGUGCUACACCGUGAUUAAUACCCAACCGGUGCACUCCAAGAUUGGUAGCUUCUCGGACGAGACGCUAUUCUACAUCUUCUACACGAUGCCUCGGGAUAUCAUGCAAGAGAUUGUAGUUGCUGAGCUGGCGGCCAGGAAUUGGAGAUAUCACAUGUUGCAUAGACUUUGGAUGACGAAAGAUCCGACGGCCCAAGUCGAGCAGUUCUCUGAAACGGCGGAGAAGGGAGUCUACGUCUUCUUUGAUCCGAUGACGUGGGAGAGAAUGAAGAAGGAGAUAGUACUCGAAUACUCGCAUCUCGACCCUAGGACGACGGGAACAUACCUCGGUCUCCAGUCUGGCGUUGGGCCUCUCGCGGGCUUGAGCGCAUAGGUACUCGGCAGUAUUUGAUGCUCCAUCCGUACAUUUGAAAUUACUCUUCUAUCUUACCGGGCGUUCACCACGUUGAUUGUCGAGCGGGCGGUUGUCUAGACAAUGGGAGGUGUGGGCGUUGAUACAUUUUCUUCGCGUUUGUUUCUCGUUUAACUUUUAUUGUGGUUAGUUGAUGGUGUCUGGCUGGUCAUCGCUAGUGUUUUUACGGUGUGAAUGCAAAUGCAAACAGGCGGGCGUUGUGAAUCGUGA